GGAUUCAAUUGAUUCUUCUACUUUCCACAUAUAGCUAGUUAAGAAGAAUUGCCUCGUAGGAAAUAUGCCUAUCCGAGACUUGUUGUUGAAUGAGAAUUAUCGAGCACCCAAUUCUACCCAAUGGACAAAUGUCAGGUCCAUAUCUCCUCCCCCUUUCUGUUUAUUGCUAUUUAGUCACAUGCUCGCUUCUGAAGUGGAAGGUAGAAGGGCAGACGUACACCUGUUGUUGACUUUAGUUCGUUUAUACAAGUCAGGUGUUGAAAACCCUCUACAGAACGAAGUAUUUGUGACUGGUGGGUCUUUGCUGAGAGAGAAAGCACUGAAAUACCUUGAGUCUCCUCCAACACCUAAGAACAUAUUGGAUAACCUUGUUACAGUACACUUUGCUCAAGUAGGAGGUGGCGAAAGAUGUCCAGUAUGUGGAGAGGAAUAUGAACAAGGCGGACCCGUCAAAAAACUUCCUUGUGGAGACAUAUUUCAUCUCAAGUGUAUUUAUCCGUGGCUAGAAUUUCAUAAUACCUGUCCCCUUUGUCUGGAGGUAUUUAUUGACAGGGAACGAUAGUAGUAUGAUAGAGUCUAACUUGCGAAGGUCACUUGAGUAAACAGGGUAAUAUAAAAAACUCUUUAGAACCAACUGCGCUACGAAUGAUCAGAAUAAAGGGAUCGUUAAAAUC